AUGCCUACCAAUCACCGCCCUGGUGCUUGGAGUUACGCCCCACCGUCAUCGCCCGUGAGCGAUGGCUCAGGGAAUGAAAGGUUAGUUGUCAGCCAACCGUCCUGGGCUGGCCAAAGGAUCGCCGCCAUCAUUGGCAGGAGGGCUGCCCUGAGUUCCACUGCAUGCCCCGGCGCUCAUGAGACCCCUAAAUUGCGCCCAAUCACUGCGCCCACCAUCGUGGCAGUCAGGUGCGUGCCGGCACAAAGCCACGCCCCGGCGUCACCGCCUACCAGCACCGCCUACCUUACGGCCACCCGCACCGUGGCAUCACCAAGCAAAGUCCCUGGGCAUCUUAGUAUCCUUUAG